GGGGGGCUCGUUUGUCAAGCCGGCUAACUACCUUGCUAGUCAUUCCCAAUCGUCAACAUUAUUAUUAUUAUUUAGUCACUUUCCGAGUUACUUUAUCUCAUUUUAAGCAUUAAAUACCUCCACGAAUAUACCUGCGUGCUUACUGUCGCUCAAACGUAUGCAAGGCAUAGCCAUGAUGGAAGAACUGCACAGCCUGGACCCCCGGCGACAGGAGCUGCUGGAGGCUCGCUUCACCGGGGUCGGCGUGGCUAAGGGUUCGGGCCAGAGUCAGAAUGAGUCGUCCAACCAGAGUCUGUGCAGCGUCGGCUCACUCAGCGACAAAGAGCUCGAGACACCAGAGAAAAAGGCAAACGACCAGAGAGUCCGGAAACGGAAAGCGGACCAUUUUGAUGGCAGCCAAGGCAAAGCCGGAACAAGAGGACAUAAAAUUAGCGACUAUUUUGAGUUCGCGGGAGGCAGCGGCCCCGGUACCAGCCCUGCCAGGGGGAUCCCGCCAGUGGUCCGCUCUUCCCCGCAGCACUCCCUCUCCAACCCGCCGGUCACGGUGCAACAGGGAAGCCCGUCAUCGGUCGGCUCGGGGAACACGGAGCACUUGUCAUGCGCUCUGAAACCCGUCGCCCUUUACCUGCUGCACAAAGCCACACAGUCUGACCUUACCAUAGAGAGGCUAAUCGCGAUGGAAAACAACAAGAACUCCGACCUCGAGAAGAAGGAGGGACGCAUCGACGAUUUGCUGCGGGCUAACUGUGACCUGCGGAGACAGAUCGACGAACAGCAGAGGAUGCUCGAGCGAUAUAAGGAGCGACUGAAUAAGUGUGUGACCAUGUCCAAGAAGCUGCUAAUUGAAAAAUCUAAACAGGAGAAGAUGGCGUGCCGCGACAAAAGCAUGCAAGACCGGUUACGGCUGGGUCACUUCACCACCGUCCGACACGGAGCGUCUUUCACGGAGCAGUGGACAGACGGCUACGCCUUCCAGAACCUCAUCAAACAACAGGAACGCAUCAACUCGCAGCGAGAAGACAUCGAGAGGCAACGCAAGCUGUUGGCCAAGCGCAAGCCGCCUUCCAUGGCCCAGACGCCGCUGCCCAACCUGGAACAGAACAAACGCAAGAGCAAAUCCAAUGGGACAGAGAAUGAAGCGUUAUCACAGGCAGAGUAUCACGAGCAAGAGGAAAUCUUCAAGUUAAGAUUGGGCCAUCUAAAGAAGGAGGAGGCCGAGAUCCAGGCGGAGCUGGAGCGGUUGGAGCGAGUCCGGAACCUGCACAUUCGCGAGCUGAAAAGAAUCCACAACGAGGAUAACUCCCAAUUCAAAGAUCACCCGACGCUAAACGACCGAUACCUGCUUCUCCAUUUACUCGGACGUGGGGGUUUCAGCGAAGUUUACAAAGCCUUUGAUUUAACAGAGCAAAGGUACGUGGCGGUCAAAAUCCACCAGCUCAACAAAAACUGGAGGGACGAGAAAAAGGAAAACUACCACAAACACGCAUGCAGAGAAUAUAGAAUCCACAAAGAGCUGGACCACCCGCGAAUAGUUAAACUCUACGACUACUUCUCGCUCGACACAGACUCCUUUUGCACAGUUCUCGAGUACUGCGAGGGCAACGACCUGGACUUCUACUUGAAACAGCACAAGCUGAUGUCCGAGAAGGAGGGUCGCUCCAUCAUCAUGCAGAUUGUCAACGCUCUCAAGUACCUCAACGAGAUCCGGCCGCCAAUCAUCCACUAUGACCUUAAACCCGGCAAUAUCCUGCUUGUGAACGGCACAGCGUGCGGCGAGAUCAAGAUCACGGACUUCGGCCUGUCCAAGAUUAUGGACGACGACAGCUACAACUCCGUCGACGGCAUGGAGCUCACCUCGCAGGGAGCCGGCACAUACUGGUACCUGCCGCCCGAAUGUUUUGUAGUAGGAAAAGAGCCGCCCAAAAUCUCCAACAAGGUGGACGUGUGGUCCGUGGGAGUCAUUUUCUACCAGUGCUUGUAUGGCCGCAAGCCUUUCGGCCACAACCAGUCUCAGCAGGACAUCCUGCAGGAGAACACCAUCCUGAAGGCCACCGACGUCCAGUUCCCGCCCAAGCCAGUCGUCACUCCAGAAGCCAAGGCAUUCAUCCGCCGCUGCUUAGUGUACCGGAAGGAGGACCGCAUCGACGUGCACCAGCUGUCCAACGACCCUUUCCUCAUGCCGCACAUCCGCAAGUCGGUGGCGUCCUCGGGCAACUCCGCCAUGGCGGUGGCCUCCACGUCCAGCUCCUCCAACAGCAGCGCCUCCAACUGAGGAACC